AUGGUGCCAAGCCAGGGUAGUCCUCCCAUCGGCACAGAAGCUACUUCCAGCAACAACAACCUUUUGCUCACGAGUUUCAACUUCGAGGAUGAACUAUUCGAGCCUGAUUGGUCCUAUGUACCUAAUCUAUCGCCUAGCUUGGUUGAUGAAUAUGUUGCCGAACAAGGCGCUAUUUCUAGCCCCAGAGGCAAUGAGUUACAACCUACGAAUAGUACUAAGCGUGAUUUCCCCGAAACAGAGCUUGGCCUUGCCAGCGACGUUGCCUUGCAUAUCCUGCGAUCCUACCCAUACAUGAUUGCAAGCCAGGGCGCCGUUCCUCCGUUCAUUCACCCACAAUAUCAAUCCCUAGACGAAGGCAACACGGCGCGCCCAAGCCCUCUCUAUGCUUCACUGAACCUCGUCAAGAUGCUUCUGCACGAUAGACGAGCAAAUAAGGGUUUGAUGUGGGGGUUGAUCCGGAUCGAACAGGAGCGACUGCUAAACGAACACCUCAGUUUUAAUCGGUGGGAGCUCUUACAGGCUUUACAAUCUCUCGUUGUGUAUUUACUCCUGAGGAUUAUUGAGGGACGCCACGAGUAUACCAACUUUGAUAGCCAGCUUCUAAUUUCGGCAAUCUGUAGGCAUCUCACCAUCAAAUAUGGCAAGCUCAUCAGCCCAGAGGAAGUGGCGGGUCGGGAGAUGCCUUGGAAGGACUGGGUGUUCAACGAAUCCCGUCGUCGCACCUCGAGCACGGUUGUCGUCAUCACCCGUAUCCUCCACGCCCAGGUUUCGCCGCCAUCUGAGAACAUGACGGAAUACUCCCACUUCCCCGCGCCAUCCCCUAUGAAGUUAUGGCGAGCUGAGAACGAGACUGAUUGGGCAAAUGACUAUACGGAAUAUCAAUAUCAGAAUGCUGUGCACGGAAUGCUUAAAAUUGGCGAUCUUGUCCAGCUAAAGGGCAGAGCCGGCAAGCAAAACGAUGGAUGGUAUGCUUACGCCGACUCCCUCGGUCUCUUGGUGACAUUAGCGGCGGAUCUGAUCUGCUAG